UGUAGGACCCGGGAGCUAUAAUAGGUUUUGUAACCAGGCUAGACAUUUACCAUGUGCCGAUGAUCCACACCAGAUGUAAACUGCGGUGCCCAGACCACACAAAUAGCUAUAGACUUUUCGUCCUUCAAAACGGAUUGCCAACGCUGGGUCUCUUGCGUUUUGACCCGAUGCAACUUUAAUGCGACAAUUGAAGCUCGCUGCGACGCUAUGUGGUCAUAUGUUAUCCUUGUUCUCUUUGCUCAUCCGCUCGUGAUGAUGAUAACGGGCUCCAUCGCGCCCUGCCCGGCCGGGUGUACCUGUCCCCCCGAAACCGUGGAGUGUACCAACAUGGGGCUGGUCCGCGCACCGGCCCCCCUCCCCAGGCUCGUCAGGGUUCUCAACAUGGACGGCAACAGUCUGUACGACCUGGAGUCCGUAAGUUUCCGCUGGUUGCCGUACCUGCAGCAGCUGUCCCUACAGAGGAACAACAUUGAGAGGAUAGACGAACACUCCUUCGCCCAAAUCGACGGCCUGCGCCGGUUGUAUCUGACGGAGAACAACAUCGGGGUGGUCGCGCGCCGCGCCUUCAGACGGCUUCUGCGGCUACGUCGUCUCUACCUGGGGCGGAACCACAUCUCUCACCUCCACCCGGACACCUUCCGCCAUCUCUCCAGACUUAAGAUUGUCCACCUGAACAACAACAACAUUUGUACAAUCACAGAGGGUCUGUUUGAGGGAUUGGAUAAUCUGGAGGAACUGACGCUCAGUCAUAACUGUUUAUCAGAGCUGCCAGACGGCGCAUUCCGGGACUUGAACAGUCUACACACACUCUUACUCCAUAACAACAAGCUGGAGUACAUUCAACCUAGGGCAUUCACAGGUCUUCAAUCUCUGACGUCACUUAACCUUUCGAACAACAGUCUGACCAACGUAACGUCUCACAUCCUAGACGAUCUGCCUUCUCUCCAAGUUCUCGAGCUUAGGAAUAAUCGCAUCGGGUUCAUCGGCCCAGAGGCCUUUGGAGCUGCCCCGAACUUGACUUAUUUGUACUUGGACUUCAACCGUCUCAAACGGCCACCUGUUUUUGAUCAUCCACAUCCGGGUCUGCGCUUUCUGUCCCUGUCUGGGAACGAGAUUGAACAGAUCCCGGAUGUUGCUUUCCAGAAUGUGCCAAACAUCCACACUCUUCUGCUCGGGAGGAACAAACUACGACACGUACCUAAAGAAAGUCUAACCGUCGUUAAGAAACUCGUGGUCUUGAACUUGUCAGAGAACCCAAUUUUUGAACUUCGUGAACAUUCUUUUCAGGGGCUGGAAAAUCUCAGGCUCUUGUCCCUGCGUGACUGUCAGAUUCGCACGGUUUCUGGCGAGGCUUUCAGUGGGUUGAACCAAAUCAUGGGGAUAUUUCUCAACGGCAACCGCAUUGUUAAACUUCCGUCAGAGACCUUCUCAACAAUGCAGUUCAUUUUUAGCAUCAACUUAAACCGGAAUUUGUUACGUCACAUAGAAACCGGCGCGUUUGGAAAUCACUCGGCUUCACUGAGGAGACUUUUUCUACAAAACAAUCGUCUACAGCGGGUGCCCAAACUAGGCAUGGGCAUGAUGCCAAAUCUAAACGACUUUUAUCUGGACAGGAACCCGAUAAGAUCCAUUGGUCCUUUGUCAUUUGCUCAUGUACCGAAUCUGAGAAUGUUGGGACUACGCAGCUGUAAUUUGAGUCAUGUCCAUGGCGCCGCUUUUGAAGGACUUGGGAAACUACGACAGUUGGACUUGAGAGAAACAACUUACGGAACCUACCAUCCAAGGCCUUCACUAAUAUGUCUUCAGAUCUUGUGGUGGAGGUAGACCAUAAUCCCUGGACCUGUGACUGUGGCAUGCUGGGAUUCCACCAGUUCUUAGAAACAGUUCAGCGUUUUUACAGGGAAAUCGUUUGCGUGUUCCCGCGGUGGUUACAGGGCGCUAGUCUGGCAACACUUGACUCCAGCAGCCUCAACUGUAGUGAGGAUUUUGAUCUGUCAGUUACUAGACGUACAGAUCUUUUACCUCACAACAUGAAUUAUCAUGAGACUGACUUUGAGCUUACCAC